AUGCCAUAUUCUUACAAUCGCUACUCCUCGGACUCGUAUAGAGCGAGUUGCGCCUCUUUAUAUGGCGUGAAAGAUAUCCUCGGUGGUAGGACACCUUCUAACGAUCCGUCAGCCGAUAGGAGUAGGCCAUCUUACAGUUUUUCUUCUGAUUUGGAGAGGACAAAAUCGGAGGCAUUUCGCCCAGCGACAAGAUAUACCGAUAGUUUGAGGGACCUGGAUAGUCAGCUGAAAUCGCUCAAGUUAUCUUCGUCGACCCCAUCUAACACAUCAACGUCGAGCUCCCACUAUCUGCGUCGUCCGGCCACGGGCCUUUACAAUCGGGAAACCUACAACAGCUCGAAAUAUGGAACACCGACAUCUUCUCAAUCGCGUUACGAUAUCAGCUCUAGUCAGUCGAUAUUAAUCCCUCCCGACUUUGAGGGAAAAUUUGAGUGCCGUAUAUGUUUUGAGAUUUACGAUACAGAGGAGCAUUUUCAAGCAACUCUCAAAUGUGGCCAUGCGUUUGGGGAGAACUGCAUUCGAGCUUAUUUACAGAGUGUGAACCGCUGUGCCCUCUGCAAUCAAGCCGCCAAUAUUCACGAUUUACGCCGCGUUUACUAA